AUGACGAACCGAGGCGAGAGACUGGCUUUACUUGGAGGAGACUCCUUGAUUUACAACAACAAGCCUAAGUCAAACUUUAAAAAGAACAUUUCCUAUAUUUUGAACGUGGUCACGAUAAUCACUAUUGCAAUAUUAUUAUUCCGUCACCCAUCAAAGUCAGAGAACAAGCCAAAAGUACCAUCAGUUGAUCCUCAUGGUAAAAAGAAUAUCAUUAUGAUGGUUACCGACGGAAUGGGACCAGCAAGUUUAUCAGCAGCAAGAUCUUUCCGCCAACUUAGAGAUAAAUUACCUAUUGAUGAUGUAUUAGUUAUUGACAAGUACCUCAUUGGAUCGUCAAGGACUAGAUCGUCGAGCUCUUUGAUAACUGAUUCUGCAGCAGGUGCUACUGCCUUUUCAUGUGGACUCAAAUCAUACAAUGGAGCCAUUGGUGUUGACUCAGAGAAAACACCAUGUGGUACGAUUUUAGAAGCGUUGAAGUUACAAGGUUAUAUGACGGGUUUGGUGGUAACUACUAGGAUAACCGAUGCCACGCCUGCCGCAUUCAGCUCACAUGUUGACUACCGUUUCCAAGAAGAUUUAAUUGCUCAACACCAACUAGGUGAAUAUCCAUUCGGUCGUGCUGUUGAUUUGAUUUUAGGUGGUGGAAGAUGUCAUUUCGUCCCUACUGCCAAUGGUGGAUGUAGGGCUGACAAAAGAGAUUUAAUUAAAGAAGCAGUAAACAAUGGAUGGUCAUAUGCUGGUGAUAGAAAACAAUUUGAUCAAUUGAAUGGUGGUAAGAAUGUGAGCUUACCAUUAUUAGGAUUAUUGGCAAACCAUGACAUCCCUUACGACAUUGAUCGUAGCAGCAAAGAAUUUCCAUCUUUAGCAGAACAAGUCAAGGUCGCAUUAACUGCAUUGCAAGAGGCAACUAGGGACUCAGAUCAAGGGUUCUUUUUGUUGGUUGAAGGAUCAAGAAUUGACCAUGCAGGCCAUCAUAAUGAUCCAGCAGCACAAGUUAGAGAAGUGUUGGCAUAUGACGAUGCAUUUAAAGAAGUGAUUGAUUUCAUUGACUCUACUGAUGUGGAAACUGUUGCUAUAUCCACUAGUGAUCACGAAACUGGUGGCUUGGUAACUGCUAGACAGGUGACAGAAUCGUACCCAGAUUAUUUAUGGUACCCACAAGUAUUGUUAAACAGUAGUCAUUCAGGAGAGCAUUUGGCAAGAAAGAUCUACAGUCAAAAAGUCAAGUCUGGUACCAAGUUCACUGAAUACAUCAAACAAGAAAUUUUGGAAAAAGAUAUGGGUAUUACUGAUUACACUGAGGAUGAAGUUAAACAGAUUUCCUUAAAAUCGUCUCAACCGGAAGCAUUAUUAUAUUUUUUAAAUAAUAUGAUUUCAUUUAGAGCUCAAAUUGGUUGGACAACCCAUGGUCAUUCAGCGGUUGAUGUCAAUAUUUAUGCACAUACAAACUCAUUUCCACUUUUAAAUAAAUUAAAAUCAAGAAAAGCAUAUGAUGGAUUAACUGGUAACCAUGAAAAUAUUGAAAUUGGUGCAUUUAUGGAAACUGUAACUGGAUCAAAUUUGAAUCAAAUUACCGAAAUGAUUAAAAAGACAAUUCAUUCUCCUCAUCAUGGCAAGAGUGAUUUGUCACGUGAUGAAUUUCAUGCUAAUGCCAUUCCUUCGUUAUAG